GGCGGGGCUUCCGGUCGUCGGGGGCGGGCCGGGCCCGGAAGCUGCAGCAGCGGCAAGGGGAUCUCGGUCCUGGCCAUGGCUGCAAACCUGAGCCGGAACGGGCCUGCGCUGCAAGAGGCCUACGUGCGGGUGGUCACCGAGAAGUCCCCGACCAACUGGGCUCUCUUUACUUAUGAAGGCAACAGCAAUGACAUCCGUGUGGCUGGCACUGGGGAGGGGGGCCUGGAGGAGAUGGUGGAGGAGCUCAACAGCGGGAAGGUGAUGUACGCCUUCUGCAGGGUGAGGGACCCCAACUCCGGCCUGCCCAAGUUUGUCCUCAUCAACUGGACGGGCGAGGGUGUGAAUGAUGUGCGGAAGGGAGCAUGCGCCAACCACGUGAGCACCAUGGCCAGCUUCUUGAAGGGGGCCCACGUGACCAUCAACGCGAGGGCCGAGGAGGACGUGGAGCCCGAGUGCAUCAUGCAGAAGGUGGCUAGGGCCUCGGGUGCCAACUACACUUUCCACAGGGAGAGCGGCCGCUUCCAGGACAUGGGCCCCCAGGCCCCAGUGGGCUCUGUGUACCAGAAAACCAACGCUGUAUCCGAGAUCAAAAGAGUUGGCAAAGACAGUUUCUGGGCCAAAGCAGAGAAGGAGGAGGAGAACCGCAGGCAGGAGGAGAAGCGGCGGCUGGAGCAGGAGCGGCGGCAGCUGGAGCAGGAGCGGCGGGAACGGGAGCUGCGUGAGGCCGCCCUCCGGGAGCAGCGCUACCUGCAGCAGGAUGGCGAGGCUGGCCCCCAGAGCAGGAAGUAUGAGCAGCAGGAAGUGGUUUCGAGGAACAGAGAGGAGCAGGAGCCUGUCAGUCAGCAGCCAGCACACCCACGGGAGAUUUUCAAGCAGAAGGAGAGGGCCAUGUCUACCACAUCUAUUCCCAGCCCUCAGCCAGGCAAGCUGAGGAGCCCUUUCCUGCAGAAGCAGCUCACCCAACCAGAGCCCACCCUGGGCAGGGAGCCAGCUCAUACCACCUCAAGGCCCAGGGCAGAUCUUCGUGAGGAACCGGCACCCAGUGCCCCUCCGGGUCCAGUGCAGGAAGAAGAGGAGGCUGUGUACGAGGAGCCCCCAGAGCCGGAGACCCUCUACGAGGAGCCCCCAGUGGUGCAGCAAGAUCCUGGCUCUGAGCACGUAGACCACUACCCGAGUCUGAGUGGGAAAGGGCUCUGUGCCCGGGCCCUUUACGACUACCAGGCAGCCGACGAGACCGAGAUCUCCUUUGACCCUGAGAACCUCAUCACGGGCAUCGAGGUGAUCGACGAAGGCUGGUGGCGUGGCUAUGGGCCGGAUGGCCACUUUGGCAUGUUUCCCGCCAACUAUGUGGAGCUCAUUGAGUGAGGACCCUCCACUGCUGGCCAAGGCCGAGGCCCAUCUUUCCUUUCCCCACCCUGAUGCGGUUUCCUUAUUGCUGGGGGAGGUGGUGUGAGGGUUGUGUACAGCACUCUUCCAGGAAUGGAACCCCCCCCCCGCCCCACCGCCAUGAGGACAAGCCCUCAGGCUCCCUCUGGCCUGGGUGGCUCAGCCUGUCACCCCAAAUGCAGCAAUAACCUGGUGAUUCCCAAACAUGCUUCCAGCAGCCUCCCAGGCCCUCCCAACCAGUCUGGCCUUGACCCCAACAGAGGACACUGAGCCAAGUCCCGCCCAUGACCAGCCCCUUGGUGACCUCUGCCUGAGGAGAACAGCACUGCCAAGCUAUGGAGUCUGAGCAGGGGCAUCUAGAGGCCUCCUCUGCAUUUGCCUCUUUUUCCUUUUCCGCUUGGCUCUUAAGGGAUGGUGGCUACAGCAUUUGGUGACCCUUGGGAACAGUGAACUUAGCAGAGUUUAUGACCAAUGUCAGAGUGGGUCUUGACAGUUUGGGCAGCCUAGUUCAUUUUUCUGGGUCCUCUCUGCUCCCCGUUCUCUGUCCCUCUGCCUGGGCUGUGGGCAGUAGGGAGAGGGAUGACCAACCCCCCAUCUGAGUGGGUUAAGGAAGGUGUGAAAACAUCAGCAGACACGACGUGACCUUCCGUGUGGCUCACUCUUGUCUGCUGGCCCAUGUGUGCCUCUCAGCUGAUUCUGGUUCAGGAAGAGUAACCAGAGUGGCCUGUGCCUGCUGUCUUCCCUCUAUGUCUGUCCCAGCCCUCACAUUUCUGCUUUUGGAGUAAGAAUUGCCCCACAUAGGCCCCAGCUCUCAUCCACCCAGUUGUAGCCUGAAUGCCCCCGAGUGGAAACAAACCCUUUCCUGGGUAUCUGAGGUGUGCGUGCGCCUCUGGCCGACCAUCAGCCACCUGGAAGAGGCAUAAACGUUAAGAUGUGAUUGAA